CUUAGGCGUGAGGGAUUCAAGGAGUUGCCGUUUUCGUUCACAAUUUUUGCCAUUUAGUGUGUAAAAACUCCGAUGGGUUAUCUUUUGUUUUUAUGCUAAUAGUUCCCUUUUCAUGCAGUGAUGCCUUUGUUCACACUCAGGUUUAUAUAGCCUAGGGAGGAUGCAGUUAACCAGAUCUAUCCCAGUUUGAGGAGCGUUGAUCUUUUUGCAAAGACCUGCGAGGAUCUAAGUGGUGUGCCAUGAGUUGUUUGGAUGUUAUGUAUCAUCAGAGUUAUGGUGCCCAUCGAUAUCUGCCGGCGACAUCAGCGGCGGCGGUAGCGUACAAAGCAGCGUAUUUUCACCAUCAGCAGCAACAGCAGAAGAAGCUGUGUGCCUACAGUAGGAUGCAGGACUCCACAGAACCAUCUGCGCAGGGGAAGCAGACACAGACCAUAGAUCAGGAGGAGAAGAGAGGCCAGCAGGGUAUGUUGGCGAAGGAGGCCCAGCCUGCUGAGGCGGAGUACCUGAGCUCCAGGUGUGUCCUCUUCACCUACUUCCAGGGGGACAUCGGAGACGUGGUGGAUGAGCACUUCUCCCGUGCCCUCGGCAUGCCCAGCACGUUUGCAGGCGAUGCCAAGGGCACCAGAACCCCCUCAGGAGGCUUGUGGAAAGAGGGAGGUACUCUCUCAGCAGGACAGUGUGGAGGUUUCCCAUCAUCCUUCUGGAGCAGUGGGUACCCUUCCCAGAGCAGCCCCUGCCUCUCCUCCAUACACCCAGAUUUUUCUCCAAGCACCGCCUUUCACUCGUCAGAACCCUCCACGUGGGCAGGACAUGGACUCCACCAGCCUGGCUUGCCGCCUACACCCACUGUCUCUGACUCCUGGCCCUACCCCCUGGGGGCUCAAGGCAGCACCAGUUACCCCCAUGUCCAUGAGGUGUACCCCCAUGUGCACCCCCGCCACGCCCACCCACGCAGCCACGCUCACCACAUGCUGCACCAUGCCCACGGCCCCGCCCUGGACCCUCGGUUUAGCCCACUACUGCUGCCCAGCGUGCGCCCACCCUGCAGCCCCGCCCCCCAUUGUGAUGCUGCCAGGUCUGACAUGGAGACCAGCGGUAAUCCCACACACAGCUGGCCAGCUUCAUUCCACGGGUCACUGGACAUCUAUGACUCGGUCCUGGAUCAGGAGAAAGGGAAGGCUACUGUCUGGUUCUGAGCAGAAGGAGCUCCACAGAUGACUCGCUGCCUCAUUACUCUCAUUUGGAGUUGCCGGCGAUCCACUGUGUGGAAUCUCCUCUUGGAAAGGCUCAAAAUUUCCUGGGAAUUCGCUCAGGAAGGGAAAACUCUCUCCCAGGGACUGGCAGGAUAAUGUCUUUGGACAACAGAAGUGUUUCACCAAAGCAAACAAGACUGUCUGAGAUUUAGUCCCCUGCCUGUGCACUUCAGCUGCACAUUUUUUAAUGAAAUUCAGGAAGAACGGCCUCCAUCUUGCGUUUCCAAGGUGAGAGCUGUCUCAAAAGGAAUGCCAUUGUGAAGGAAACAACUUACCCUUGCCCGUUUAAAUUGUAUAUUUAUAAUGUUCAAGUCUGUGUCCCUGAAGGUCCAUUUUGACUGAAUGUGCGGAUUUUAUACACCUCAAUAGUUCUGUUUAAAGAACUGCUCAAAUCUGUGGGUCA